AGUAGUUUUUUUUGUAUAAACCGGUGUAGGAUACAGUAGCGGCACUGUGACAUCUGUGAGACAUUUAUUUUGUUAUUUCCUCACAAAAUUUGUGCAAGAUAACAAGCUAUUCUGUUAUAAAGUUGUAAGUGCCGGUAUUGUGAGAGAACAGUGUGUGGAUUUAUUAAUUUUGUUUGUAUCUUAAAAUAUAUAUAUUUUUACUGGAUUUACUGCUUUUAACUCGUAAAUAUGUUUCCAGAACAAAAACUAGGGUACACCUAUGAGGAGUACAAGGUAACUGCUGAUUGGCUGCUAGCGAAUACGGAGCACCGCCCCCUGAUCGCUAUUAUCUGCGGGUCUGGACUCGGUGGAUUGGCUGAGAUUUUGAAGGAUCAGAAGGUGUUCAGCUACUCGGACAUCCCCAACUUUCCACAGAGCACAGUGCAUGGCCAUGCAGGGCGACUUGUUUUUGGAACCCUAAAAGGGAAGUCGUGUGUCUGCAUGCAGGGCAGAUUCCAUCUGUAUGAGGGCUAUCCCAUCUGGAAGGUAACGUUCCCAAUCCGUAUUUUCCGGCUGCUUGGCGUGGAGACUGCCAUCGUGACGAACGCAGCAGGUGGCCUGAACGAGAACUACAAGGUGGGAGACAUCAUGCUGAUCAAGGACCAUCUCAACAUGCCGGGCUUCGCUGGGAACAACCCUCUGGUGGGACCCAAUGAUGAGAGGUUCGGGCUGCGCUUCCCCUGCAUGUCUGAUGCCUACGACCGUGACCUAAGAAAGCUGGCCAAGACUGUAGCCAGGGAUCUGGGCUACUCUGACUUCCUGAAGGAGGGUGUGUACUGUGUGCUGGGCGGGCCUUCCUUCGAAACCAUCGCUGAGUGCAAUAUGCUGAAGCGGCUUGGGGCCGAUGCAGUUGGUAUGAGCACAGUUCAUGAGGUGAUAGUUGCUCGCCAUUGUGGCAUGCGUGUCUUUGGGCUCUCUCUCAUUACUAACAAGGCCGUGAUGGACUACAACAGCGAGAGCAAGGCUAACCACGAGGAGGUGCUCCAGACAGGCAGAGAGAGAGCAAGCCAGCUGGAGGAAAUGAUAUCCAGACUCGUCGAAGGCAUUGAACCCAACAACAACAACGUCUGCUGAGCAGAGAUCUGAGGGCGAAGGGAGUCUGGAAUCGCAGGACUGUAGUGGAGCCCACUUAACAUUCAUUCUGAAGUGCAGUUGCAAUGUAAACCUGCUUAUUUAUAGUGUAAAUUAUAUUUUAAGUGUUAUUUUAUUCUUAAUAUAUUAUUAUUUAAUUUACUUUUUUUUAACUUAAAAUACAGAAAUGUAUUUACGCACAAAAGUAAAUACUAAGGCUGAAUUGCAGAAGAAUAUUUUGCUAUUUUCUUAAACCACAUUCACAUAUAUAAUCCAAUUUUCAUAAAACAUCGCCAAAACAUUAAUGAAGCUGUGUUAAACAAAAAUGUUGUCAAUCCUCUUUAUUUGACACACAAAACAAAUGCAUUUGUUCAUAGGAACAAAGGUGUAUUGUAGACUAUAAAAGGUGUAAAUCAAAUCAGAAAUGUAAUUGAGACCCAUUUUAAUACGCAGCUGGGGACUAUCUUGAGCUGCUUCGUUCAUUGCAACUGGUAUUAACUUGUGUACUAGUUUAGGACCGUCUGUACUAACCACGGGAUCAUCCCCAGUUAGUACGCUUAUUUCAGUUCAUUGCAAUUGACCCACAGAGACUACAGGAGGUAGGAAGCAUUGUUCUUAACCAAUGGAGUUUACUGCAAAAUAUAACAAAAUUAAUACUUGCUGAGAUUUGAUCUUAAGUGGGCUUCACUUUUAUGAUUUUAUGAAAGUUAUUUUGUCAUUUGACACUAUUCCAGGUUCUGAUGCUUCUAGAUUUUUUUGGCUAGGUCACUAUGGCUAGAUUCUUUAAGAGAUGUUUAUUAGGCCAACUAGACACAAAUUUGUGCAUAGGUAAAGCUUUUAAUAUGGUGUAUACUACAGUUAGAACAGGUCAAUACUCCAUAUGUAUACUGAAAAAGUAAUCUGCAUGGACAGUUCUUGAACAGUUGCAUUUAAAUAUGUAGAUUAUUAUUAGUAGUAGUAAUAGUAUGGCAUGUUUCAUAAGUAACGCUGUUUGAGUUAUUAUUGUUAUUAUUACAUUUCUUAGCAGACGCCCUUAUCCAGGGCGACUUACAAUUAUUACAAGAUACCACACAUUAUUUUUUACAUACAAUUACCCAUUUAUACAGCUGGGUUUUUACUGGAGCAAUCUAGGUAAAGUACCUUGCUCAAGGGUACAGCAGCAGUGUCCCCCCCUGGGAUUGAACCCACGACCCUCCGGUCAGGAGUCCAGAGCCCUAACCACUACUCCACACUGAGACUGGGUCCUUUAGCAUGUGGAGGUAGUUUCCAUAUAACUUAUAUAUAUAUAUAUAUAUAUAUAUAAUAUAUAUAUAUAUAUAUAUAUAUAAUAUAAUUACAUUAUACAACUCUAUGGACUGGAGUUGAGAUGUAUAGUCCCAGAGGGAGGUGUAGUAUCUGACAGGAUGAUGUAUUAUCCCCAAGUCAAAGGCUGAAGGCUAUAUUGUACCCUGUAAGGCACUAUCAACACAAGAGGACAGUAGUUUUCCAUAAACUCUAAUAUCCAGACAGUCCAUAUGUGUUUUUAUUAAACCUUAAAAGACGGCUUCUCGUAGACUGUAGAAUACAUACUGUUGCUAUGUAUAUUGAUCCUAAAGACCUCGGGGGGGGGGGGGGGGGGGGACCAUAGUGCAAACUAUAAUCUGUCAUGUGAUGGUGCUUUGACGAAUCAAAAGACACAUUUUAGAACCGAGGUUUAAUAAAUAGCUUUAGAGCAUUUAAAUUGGAUUGAUCUUAAGCCUACACAUUCCUUUUGCAGUUACUUAAUACCUUUUUUAUUUUAUUUAUUUAACCAAUUACACUUGCAUUGUUAUGAGUUUGUUACCAGUAUCUCAAUACUGUAAAUUAAAUCUUAUGAUACAGAUUUUAAGCACAUUUUGGUAUUGAUUUACUUUUACACUGUAGGGGUAAAUAUAUCCUGAGCUCGGCAUUUCAAUAUGGUUAUUGUUACUAUAUGAUCUCAAAAUGAUAUCUGGAUCUUAAUAUAACUA